AUGGGACGCACGCUGCCUGUCCCCGUGUUGUGCCAGGUGUGCGGCGACAAGUCCUACGGGAAGCACUACGGCGUGUACUGCUGUGAUGGCUGCUCCUGCUUCUUCAAGAGAGCAGCAAGCGGGGGUCAAAAGGCUAUUGUGGUGCCUGAAGCCAAUCCUGAGGAGACUGGGAAGGGAGAGUGUGUGGUGGACAAGGCAAGAAGGAAUUGGUGUCCACACUGUCGCCUUCAGAAAUGCCUCUCCGUCAACAUGAACACAGAAGCUGUGCAAGAAGAAAGAGGCCCAAGAAAACCUAAACUCAAGCAGCAGCACCACCAACAACAGACUUCCCUCACUAAUUGCUCCACUCCCGAGUUGGGAACGGUUCCCUCGGAACUCACUGGGCCGCCUCCUCCACCUCCUCCUCCUCUUCCCCCUCCUCCUCCCUCCCUCGUGACUAUCAGCGGUCCUCCUCCAUUGCUGCCUACUUUCACCUUCCAUCCAUUGCCGAAGCUGCCAUCUGGCCCCAUACCCGCGGUGCCUGAAGUGCCGCCGGCCCUCACGAGUCACUGGUGCUCAUUAGAAAAGCCUUGGUCGCACUGCUCCGUCCGUGCCGCUUCCUCCUCCUUUUCUACCGCCACGACCGCCACCGCCACACCUCUGCCUUCCGCCUCUGAAGCUACAUACUUCUGCCUUCAGUACUGUACGACCCAGCCCUCAGCAAUUCGCAAAUUCAAGCAUUCCACCAAAGGUCAGCUACGAGAAGAGAUCGGAGUGCAAGUGUUGGGUUGGCUGGUGCGUCAAGCCAGGACCUCCCCCUUCCUCACCCCGCUACCGCACAAUGACCUCCUGCUCCUUCUUACAAGAGCUUGGCCACAACUCUUGCUCUUACAUGCAGCAUACUGGCCUCUGGACCUGCUCCUCCUCCUUCAAAAUGAAGCAAAGGUUGAUCUUAAAGUUUCAAAUAAUGAUGGUAUAUUGCCAGAUAUGUACAAGAGUGAGGAGACGGGCCAGGUUUCUGCAGCACUUAGAAUGUGCCGUCAGUAUUCCUUAGAUUCCACUGAGCUGAUGCUCCUCUCUGCAGUCAUUCUUCUUAGAUCACAGCCAGGCCUAUCAACUGAAGGGAUGUUGUUGAUAUCAGCAUUGCAAGAGAGAGCUCAAGCCACUUUGAGUAGUCACACAGUCUCAGUCUGCCCCAGUGACCCACUCAGACCAUCAAACCUCUUACUUUUAGUGGCCUCCCUACACUGCCUUCCCCAACAAGUAGUAACUAACACUCUUAUCCCUAGCCUUGCAUCUCCUCAGGCUGCAUCAUUUGUUGUAGCCACUUUCCUUUCUACAAGCUGAAUCUGUAGGUAAUAUUAACUAAUCUCCAUACAUGUAAGAUUUAUGAAUGUUUAAACAAAAAUUAUACAUUCUCAAAUAUUAUUUUCUAUCAGUACCUGGGCAGCAUGGUAGCUUAGGAAAUAAUAAGUUGGACUACAAAACAAGAAGUCCUGGGUUGGAGGUCACAGUCAGGAUUCUUCUGACACAACUACCUAUUACUAAAUUUAUUGAGCCUUAAAUGGAUACUGGUCAGCAAUGACUAGUAACGUUAAAGGUAACAGAGAAAGGUACUGGCCACCCUGCUCCAUUUGCCAUAAGCCAAGACCCUGGAUUGGGCAGCUUAUUACUUUUACUUCAUGAGUAUUGAACUCUUUAAACCUUCAUUAAUAACUAAUGCUGAUUUGUAAGAAUACACCCAAAAGGGGGAAAAAAAAAUUCUUCCACAGGUCAGCAACACACAGCCUCAUAAGAAUAAAGCUAAGAAGCAAAUUGAGGCAGUUGGUUACAUCAGCAACAACUGAUGAUCAGUGCUUAUAUGGGUUGCUGGCACACGAAAUACUCACUGGAUAUUGAAGUGAUGUUUGGACAUUCAAGAUAAAAAUACAACUAAGACAUUUAGAUGCAUUAUAUGUUGUCUUAAAUAGGAAAGCAAGUUAAAUUUUGCAUUGUAUGAUAAAAUAUUUCAUUUCGAAAAAUGUGAUUUGUUUCUUUAUUCCAAUAGAAAAGUUGUGCUUUGAUACACAUAUUUUUUAAAUAUUCUCAAUGAAUCACCAGAAUGAUUUAUAUGUACUGAACUGCACCAUCUACAUGGCUAAACAUAAUGACCCCAUUUGUUUAACAAGCAACCUGGAACUCAAACUUGGAAGCAAAAGUAGGCUUGUUCUAAUUAAAAAAAAAAAAAAAAAAAAGAGAUAUCAAAUAAAUAUGCAAGUUCUAUUAUUAAGCAGACCUGGUCUACAUGGUGGAAUAGAAAAUAGAACAUGAAUACUUUGUAGGUCAGUAAAUGAAACUCAGCUUAAAAUAUCAAUAGCAUAAUUCUGAAGUACAUGAUUACAAUAGAUUUAAAUUACACACUUAUGUAUUUGUAUGUCUGUGUGUAUAUCAUAUUCACCUAUUUUUGAAUGAAAAUAAAUAUUUCACUGACAACAUGGUUUAGAAUGGAGCUGCUGACAGUAAUUUUUCUUCUAUCUAGAAUGUGCCUCAUACUACACUCAUGUUUAACUAUACAACAAUAAUACUGUUGUCUUUGUUAGCAUGUCCACCCUUCAUGUUUUUUUUUUCUUUUUUCUUUUUUAAAUACUGUUGCAGUUCUGAUUUGUUUAUGCACCAGAACAACAUAUGCACACGCAUACAUUCAGGAAAAUUUUCUAUGACUAAAUAAAAAUCAAAGUCAAGUAAGCUUUAAUCUUUUAGGAGAAGACAGGACAGAUCCUCACUAAUCACAAUUGUGAGUUGUACAAUCAUAAAAAAAAUAAUACAGACUCUCCUCAGUUAAUGACUGUCCUAUUUAACCAUACCUUAGAGAUACAAUGACUUUAAAUUGUUAAGCAUUUAGAAAGAAUGGUAAUAAUAAUGUAAUGUAUGUAUUGUGUGCCAUACAGAAACCUGGUCCAUGUGGUAGCAACCUUUUAACCAGCCACUGAGCCACUUAGGUCAGCCUAGUCUCCCUCCCACUCACUAAACUUCCCUAUACCCUGCCAUCUAUCAAUAACUCUCCCACUAUCUUAGGAUAAUCAUUACUAUAGUCAGCAUUAUUAUCAUCAUUAUUAUUACCACUACUAGCUUAUGCUGUUGACGUAGUUUUAACUGGCCAAACCCAAUACUAGUUCCUUCAAUUAAAGGUAGUUGGAAGGGAGGAAAGAUGUUCACUUAACAAUGAUUUUGCUUACUGAUGGGAUGUCCGGGAUCUAAUGCUAUCGUACGUGAGGAAUGGCAGUGCAUACUGUAGGCAGUAUUUCAAGGAAUAUUUUAAGUACCUGAAGAACAUUCUAUGAUAAUUGUGUAACCAUUUGACUUUUUAUCGUAUACAAAGUGUUAUUCAAUUAAUACUUAAAAAUAUUGUAACAAUUAAUAACAAUGCCAAUGAGAAAGGGUCCUUUCAUUCACAUUCACACUUACAAUAUGCAAUCCUAAAUACAGGAACAGUUGGUAUAUUCACCAGUUUAUGACUUGGUGGUGCACCACACAUACUUUUUGGUCGUAUGUAAUAAAUGUAAACACAUAUACAUAAGUAUAUGUAGUAUAUGGGUGCACACACACAUGCACACACAUGCACACACACACACACACACACACACACACACACACACACACACAUACACACACACACACACACAAGGAAACAUUGAUAAAAGAAAUAGCAGAAAAGAAGAGGAGUGUGAUAAUAUUUGGGAUGAAAGAACAAAAUAUAACAUAUAAGCCUAAGAGAAUUAAAGAAGAAUUGAAAAUGGUAAGAGAUCUGUUCAAAAAUCUAAAUGAUGAUAAAAAAAAAAAAAAAGACCUACAAGAAGAAGUGGAAGAGAUCCAUAGAUUGGGUCCCUAUAAGGAGGGAGUAAAGAGACCGAUUAAAGCAGUA